CACUGCAUGGUGGGCUAAGCCAGUUUCUUACGGAUGGACCCUAAAACCAGGCUGCGCAAGGCCUGCGAUGCCUGCAGCAUCCGCAAGGUGAAGUGUGAUGCCAGCGGCCCUCCUUGUCGGAGCUGUGCUAGCUUGGAAAUACCAUGUACAUAUGAGCGGCCAAGUAGACGCCGUGGGCCUCCAAAUCGGCAUGCGGAGGCUUUAAAAAGGCAGAAGCUAGAGGUCCCACCUGAUGCUUCACCGGCUAGCCUGAGUGACAUCCCGCUUGUAACUACUCCGCAAGCUUCUACAUACCGGCCCCCUCCGGAGACACCGCCGUCAUCUGUUCCAACCUCGGCGGAAGCUAUCUGUUCCUUGCAUACAGUGCAGCUACUCCUUGAUGAUUUCUUUACAUACAUUCACCCUCUGGUUCCAAUCCCACAUGAACCUACUUUUCGAGCUGCUUUUGAGCGCCGAGAAGAUACUACCAGUGGAACAUUCUUGGCUCUUAUCGCUUCCAUGAUUGGUUUCCUUGUCGCCUCCUUCCCCCGGCGACCAAAAUUGAGACUCAACACUGAAGCCGAGCGCUUCGCGUUCCCGAACUCGAUCGCUCUGGUGAAACGGUGCCAUGAUGUUGCCAUCCAAGCUCGAGGUACUGGAUACCUCGAUAGAAAUGCAACAGUUUACGACGCUGCUAUCAGUUAUUUCCUUGGUGUCUGUGCUGGUUACGUAUACAGCAUGCGCCGGUGCCGCAUUUACUUAGCUGAAUGCCGCAGUAUGCUACAGGUUUAUGACCUCUGCCGCUCUCCUACCAAUCACACUCCUAUCUCUAACAACCUCCCAACCAUAUCGGCAAUGAGUGCACCCAGUCCGAUAUCAGCCACGUCGGGGUUGUCUCCACGGUUGUCUCACGAUCAUUCUUCGCCGAGUUUAACGAACAACAAAACCGUCGAUCUGAUCACACAAGAACUUGGUCGUCGUCUCUUCUAUGUCUCCUUAGUUGGCUAUCAAUCUCUGCUUCAGCUUGGCUCCUCCGAUAUCAAGAUGCAUGUACCCCCGGAAACUCCCACGGAACGCUACCCUCCAUUUCCACUCGAAGUCGAUGAUGAGUUUAUUUUCCCGGACCAUGUCAAUCCGCAACCCACAGGCCGGGUUUCGCGUUUAGCUGGCUUUAAUGCAAACGUCCGGGUAUACAGGUCAUACAAUGCCCUUCUGGCCUGGGAGACUGCUUUUGGUAGCGGACAGAUUUUUAAUUGGGAGCACCAGCGCUCAAGUCUCUGGGAUUGUCUUCAAAAAGCUAAAUCUGCGCUCUCAGAUGUUCCUGUUGAGCUCUCGGUUUUUCACCCAAAACAAGCUUCUAUGUUUGCUGGAAUAGGUCAAGAUGGCUCAGUGUUUAAUUACCCUGAUGACCAUAUCAACCAAGAACGACGGGCAAUCCAGUAUGAAAUCCAGAAAGCGAACAUUUACGCCAGUCAACUGUCAACUCGCUCGUGGUUGGUCGAGAAAUACUGGAACCUAUUCGAGACGUAUACCAAAUUUGGAAACCCAGCCAAGUCCCUAAUUUUCAACCCACCGCAAACCAAUGCCGAAAACUCCGUGGGUUUACAAUCCGAAGCUACUGGAGAACCCUUGGAAUCGACGCCCCGCACAGUCGGAAAUGCACAGGCCGACUAUAUUGGUCGCAUGAUGGCCCAGGAGCGGAAGCUAGUGAUAAAAGACCUAUUCGUUCUCUUGCGAACGGUCAAUGAAAUCAACAUGGAGCCAAACGGUGCCAGUAUCACUAGCAAAAUUCGUCAAGUGGCAUCGACCCUCCUCAAUAUACCCCGCUACCCAACAUCUAAUUCAUCCAACCACACCGUACCAACCGCAGACCCAUCUACACAGUCACCAGUGGACUCACCAUCAGGUCUCCAUGGCCUCACAGCCGCAGAAGCAGAGUCCUAUCUCCACGCUUUCAUUGAUACCCUCAUUCGGCUUGAAGGCCGUUCCUCUGCUACGACGGACCCCGGUAGUACUGCUGAGGAUCUCAGUCCGCGAGCGAAUGGCCGUGCGAUGAGUUAUCUGAGCGAUUAUGAAAGAGAUCAAGAAGAACUAAGCCAGUGGGCUAGUUUAAAGGAGUAUCAGCAAAAGUUUGCUGAGGCUGGAAGUCAUUUCUUUGAACUGUGA